UUGCGUCUAAAGGCCUUGGCGUUCCAUUCUCCAACUGUGUUGCGACCGCAACUUUGAACCAACUCUCGACCAUUGCCAACAUCACCUAGAUCGCCUCCCAUUUUCGAUCUUUACCCUCCCUACCAAAUUGCCCAGCAUGGAACGUAUUCUCGACCGCAGCCUUGACGAGAUCCUUGCCGACCGCAAGCAGAACAACAGAGGAGGCAAUCGGGGAAACCGCGGCGGCAACAGCAGCAAUUCCCGGGACGGUCGUCUCCGUAGGCGCGACAACAACAACAACAACAACAACAACAACGACAAUCGGUCGGAUUAUCCCAGGGAUGGCUCCUUCAGAGACGAAGCGCCUCGCAACCUCGACACAUAUUUCGACCCAUCGGCCCGGGUUAAAGACACAGGCCGGAAAAUUGACGGAUUCCGCAGCGAAUGGGUUCAUGACAGAUAUGAGGAUCAUGGGAGCCGCCGAUCUGCUCCGAGAAGACGAAACUCGAACGAGUACUCUGGCGACUCGAGAGGCAGCAAGAUCCGUGUGGAUAAUAUCCACUAUGAGUUGACGCAAGAGGAGUUGGAGGGACUCUUUUCCAGCAUUGGCCCUCUCGUCAAGUUGGAGAUGAAGUAUGACCGCGCCGGCCGCUCAGAGGGUACAGCGUUUGUCACGUACCAGUCAUCCCACGACGCUGCACAGGCAAUCAAGGAGUUUGACGGUGCCAACGCUGCCGGCCAGCCAAUCCGCCUUACCAUGAUGCCUACGGGCCCAAGGCGCAACCCAUUUGAUACUGCGAUCAACCCUCGCCCGCUUGCCGAGCGUAUCACGGUCCCGAGCGGCAGAUCCCGUUCGCUUUCGCCCCAUCGCCAGUCUGAUGAGGAGGCCGCUCGCAAGGGCAUCGACAGAUACCGACCUGGCGCCAGUCGUUCGCGCAGCCCUAUGCCCCCGAGACGUCGUGAAGGAGGUGGAGGUGGCCGGAGACAGGGCGGGGGUGGCCGUCGGGAGCGUGGAGGUGGUAGACGUGACGACGGCGGGCGUGGCGGUGGUGAGAAGUCUGAGAGACGUCCAAAGAAGACCCAAGAGGAGUUGGACGCCGAGAUGGAGGAUUACUUUGGCGGUGGCGGUGCUCAGCAGAACGAUGCGGCUCCUGCUGCGAAUGGUGCGGCGGCUCAGCAGCAGACUGACGGGGACAUUGACAUGAUUGAGUAG